CUGCCUCGGGAGCGUGAUCCCACAAAUACAACUGUUGUUUGUCAGCACCCUGAAGACACUUAGCGGCUGCCAAAAGAACAGCUGGGACUACCCCCGAUCAGGUUACCCAGGGAACCGUGUCACUGGAGGGUUUUAAGACCAGGCUGGACACACCCUGUCAGGGCCGCUCGGGGGGGUCCCUCUGCUCUGACUUGGCGCUGGGCACCCUGAGGCCCCCUUGAGGUUCCCUCCAGCCCCUUGUCUAAGAAACCUCCAUGCAGAACAUGGCUCAAAGGGCGGAGCCGCCCCGGGAGCUCGGGGGCCUGGCCUGCCAUCAAACCACAUUGCCAGCAAGCUUGAGGCAGCGGCCGGAGAGUUCCUCUCAGUAGCUCACCUGUGGCACCAGUUCGUCCCCAGCUGGCCUAGAGUUGCUGUGACGGCUCCUGUCCGCACUGCCCAGGCCGGGAAUAGGCACCCGCUGCUCUGAUGGAGUCAGGGCCCUCCGGAGUUGUCCUGCUGACGCAGAUCAUACCCCAGCCCCACUCGUCAGACUCCUCUGCCCCACCGCGGCCUCUGCGGAAGUUCUACCAGGGGGAGCCGCUGGCUCUGGGCAUCACACAGAUACUCAUGGGCAUUGUGCAGGUAGCUUUCGGCAUCAUCCUGAAUCUGGCGAAUGGCUAUCAGCUAAUAGCGAUACAUGUGGGGACCCCCUUUUGGACGGGGAUCCUGUACAUCCUUUCGGGGUUCAUUUGUGUGACGGCUGCCAAGAACCCCAAGAUCUCACUGGUGAAAGCCAUGCUGGCUAUGAAUACCCUCAGUGCCAUAGUGGCCGGAGUGGGCAUCGCCCUCUAUUCGCUCUCGCUUAUCUUCUACUACCCGCACGGAACCUGCCAGUGGAUCGAGGAGUCCAAGUCCUGCGCGCCAACCUCCCGAGUGCCUGCGGAUACCAUGUCUGGGGUGGCCACGAUUCUCCUGGUCUUCACCAUCCUGGAGUUCUGCGUCUCCAUCUCCAGUGCCGCCUUCGGGUGCAAAACACUCUGCCGGGACAGCUACGGCGACACGGUGACAGCCUCUGUGCGAGGGGACCGGGGUCUAGGGUUUAGAGUCCGUGGUGAUUUAUCAGAACAUGGGGCCCCCAGCUGCCCUCACCAACGACCCCCCCAAAGCCCCACCCCCUUACCAGGACACCCAGACCCCCUGAGCCGUGCCCCACGACAGCCACCGGCAGACCCCAACUACUGUGAGCUGCUGCCGGCCCUUCAGUGGCCCCCAGGGGGCAGCGCAGCAUCUGGGCCAGCACCGUGGAUGGUGACAACCGGGACUCGCUCCUGAUGGUGCCAUCUACACUAAUGGUGUCACAGCUUCCUGCUGCGGAUUUAAAGAGACAGUGCGAGACUACAGUGUGGAAAAUUACAGCUUCUUUCUUUCUUUCUUCUCCGCUGCCGACAGAAUCUGAUUCCUCUCUGCUGCGCAUUCACCCCUGAUCUCCCCACACCCAAUAAACGUGUUUCAUACGAACGACCA